UACCAUGGUGAUGAUCCUAAGUCAAAGCCUCGACAAGCAGGGAGCUGACCCCGUAGCGUGCAGGACCUUCAGCCCUGAGCUGCACACGCCAAAGAAGAUGAGUCAAGGACCGACACUUUUCUCUUGUGGAAUUAUGGAAAAUGACAGAUGGCGAGACCUGGACAGGAAGUGCCCUCUUCAGAUUGACCAGCCGAGCGCCAGCAUCUGGGAGUGCCUGCCCGACAAGUGUCAGGACAGCGCUCUGUGGCAGCGGGAGGCCGCGACUGCCUGCGCGGUCACCAACCUGAUCAAAGACCUCAGCCUCAGUGACCGCAACGGGAACCCCUCCGCGCCCCCCAGCAAGCGCCAGUGCCGGUCGCUGUCCUUCUCCGACGAGAUGUCCAGCUGCCGAACAUCGUGGAGGCCCCUGGGGUCCAAAGUCUGGACUCCUGUUGAAAAGAGGCGCUGCUACAGCGGGGGCAGCGUCCAGCGCUACUCCAACGGCUUCGGCACCAUGCAGAGGAGCUCCAGCUUCAGCCUCCCGUCCCGCGCCAACGUGCUUUCCUCGCCCUACGACCAGGCGGGACUUCACCACCGAUUUGGCGGUCAGCCCUGCCAGGGGGCGCCGGGCUCGGCCACGUGCAGACAGGCAGGCGACAUCUGGGGCCCCGACCCGAGCCCCGUGGGCGGGGCCCGACUGGACAUGCAGCGGUCGCUCUCCUGCUCACACGAGCAGUUCUCCUUUGCGGAGUACUGUCCCCCCUCAGCCAGCAGCACCCCUGCCUCGACGCCGGAGCUGGCCCGACGCUCCAGUGGGCUCUCCCGCAGCCGCUCGCAGCCGUGCGUCCUUAACGACAAGAAGGUCGGUGUUAAGCGGCGUCGUCCCGAGGAGGCGCAGGAGCAGAGGCCCUCCCUGGACCUGGCCAAGAUGGCCCAGAACUGUCAGACCUUCAGCAGCCUCAGCUGCCUGAACGCAGGGACGGAGGACCGCGGCCCUCACAGCCCCUUCGCCCUCCACAUCAGCAGCACCAGGUCCUGGACCGCCUUGCUCUCGGCCUCCGGCACGGGGGGCAGGACCCCCGCCGGGACCCCGAUCCCCGAGCCUCUGCCCCUGUCCCUGGACGACCACCCCACCUGCCAGGAGGAGCCGUGCUGCGAGGAGGCGGGCGGCUGCGCCCUCGGCGAGGGCUGCGGCAGGCGUGGGGAGCCGGGCGCGGCCUGGCGGGACCGCGGGGCCGUCCGCAACAGUCCCUGCUCCCUGGACGGCGAGCUGGACAUUGAGCAGAUAGAGAACAACUGAG